AUGGCUGUCCCCUUUCCUGACUCUGAGUACAUCGACGAGGCUCAAACCCAGUCUCCUGACCUGGAAACGACCGAAAACGAAGAAUUUGAGCAUGAGCUCACAUCUUACUUCCUUAAUGAGCCUCGUAUCUUCAUCGAUUCUUUGGGUCAUACUUAUAGCGACAUGAAAUCCAACCAAGAACCGUAUUCCACUUAUGCGAAGAUUAUUACAAUCCCACGCAAAAAGGUUCAAGAAACGGUGACUUUCACCUCAAGACACACGAUAACCCUUACCUCGAUGGCAACUCUAACUUCAUUUACCACUGUAUUCGAAACAAAGCACCUAGGUCCCAUCGAUCCAUUGCCCAAAGUCACUUCCAAGAUCACUACCCAUAUCACAAUAACAGCUGUCAAGGACCAUUCGACAAGUUCCGCUCGGACAAGUCUACCAACCACAGACCUCAGCCCUUUAUUUCCUCCCAGCGUUGAUGCGAACACUGAUCCAUCACUCUGGAGUACUGUUACUAUAAGUGACAGCAUACGAUCAAGCUCCAUUUUGCCUUCAUCGUUUACCACGAGCCAAGAUGAACCGAAGCUACCAACAGGUACAGAAGCCUCGUCUUCAAAGGACUCUUUAACAGCAGGUGAGGUUGCGCCUAUCGCAGUCGGUGUGCUCUUCCUACUUGCCACAAUAUGUUCAAUAAUCUGGUUUUGGUUACAAAGUCGCCGAAAGCGAACAAGCACCAGUCCCGGCACUGGUGUAUCACGCGGCGUGAGAACUUCACGUUCAAACCUAACUCCGUUAAACUCGCCUUACGGUCAAGAGCUCAACCCUAUAUCAGCCCCCUAUCGCUCUACCAAUGUCAACGCGCUUCUAACUAACGAUGCACGUCAUAUGUCUUUCGAGUUGGAUGAAAAUGGUUGUAACAUGGGUCUCAAAUACUAUAAGUUCGAGCCUUCUGGUUCGAGACAUCCUGACGGACACAGUACAGACCUCGACCAAUAUCCCGAGUCAAAGGGCAAGGAGCGUGCAGAAUAG